AUGUGGUCCUUGGUACAAAGUGGAAUAGGUGUACAUAAGAAAAAGGCGGAUAUAAAAACAAAAGAUCAGGAGGACAUGCUCUGGGAACAGAGCCUGUUGGGUGAAGACACGCCCCAAAAGUUAAUAGACACUGUGUUUUAUCUGAAAAGAAUCAACCUUUGUUUACGAGGCGGCAAAGAACACCACUCAAUAAAGAUAGCUUGCGUUGCAAGACCAAAAACCUGCAAUUCCUAUUACGUUCGACCACCGAAGUAUCCUAAACGAGAUACUUGGUACUGUGCUGUGCCAGUAGGACAUCAUACCCUCUCUGGGGGUGUGAAAAAAUUGUGGGCUAAUGCUGGUUUUGAUGGCUUCUAUGAGCUACCACUGCCACUCGACUGUAUGAUUCUGGAUUAG